AUGUCAGGGUUAACAACGCCACAGAGUGACCGUGAAGCAAUUGAGGCAGCCCGCGAAGCAGCCCGCGAAGCAGCCCGCGAAGCAGCCCGCGAAGCAGCCCGCGAAGCAGCCCGCGAAGAGGCGGCUAGAAUUGACUUUAAUACUGCCAAUGAGAAGGAGCACGAAUUCUUCCAAGGUAUCAAAAUCCAGGCUGUGGAUAGACAAUAUUUUGUUCCCCACACACUACCAGUCCCAAUCUCGUCGAACAUUGUCAAUACGCUUUCGCGGUCCUUUGUGAAUGACCCCACCACUUCCAUUGAAUCGAAUACUCUCAAGACGACCACCGACAUUAUGCGCCAGCGUAGUGCAUAUAUAUACGGUAUGUACAUUGGCAUGGAUGGUUUGCCGUACGUAUUCAACGUUCACCUCACUAACAAGCCCACCAUGACUAAGCUCAACCGCCUUUUUGUGAAUGAUCGAAUCUACAAGUUCAACUGGAAGAACGCCGGAUCACGGCCGUUCUAUUUACCAAGCCACAAUGAUUACAUGAAUAAACUAAUGUACCUCCACUCCAACGGUACCAUGUUCCGUGUCGAAAAGGGGAAUAUCCUCAACGAUAUCCAAACUUACAGGUGGGUCAAGAUCCCGGUGGAGCCAAUGUGCGGUGCUGCCAAGAUUGGGGCUAAGCCCAACGCGAUCAAUCUCACAACCAAACACUGUACCUACGGGGACUUUAAAAAUUUAUCCGAACAGGAUUACAAUUUGUAUGACGAUACUCGCACGUUUAAGCUCGAUUGGCGCGUUUCCCACUUUAGUCCCGAGGGUGGUAUGAUUGUCCCCCGCAUGGUCGAAGACAUGUACGUUGAGAGGGAUCUGGCGUUAUUGAGAGAAGCCAGUCUAUAUCCACAGCAAUAUACGGAUAACUUCACCGCACGCCCCAUAAAUAGACCCCUCGAUUUUGCCUCUGAUGGCAAAGAAGUCUUUGAUGAAUCGCAUGAACUCAGUAGGAUGUACCGUAGUGUGCGUCUGGGAAAGUCCAAGACACCUCCAACCCUGGAUGGACAUAUUAUACCCCCUGGAACGCUUGACUUAACCCCAGCUGGCGACAUGGUUAUACUUGAUAUGCGCAAGCGCCUUAAUAGAGACGAUUACCUGAGAUGGAUUAAGGUGCGCAACUUGACGGUUGACUUUAGUGGCAAUUCGCCCGAGGUCAGCUACGCCAUUGACGACAGCAAAUUUGUAAAGACUCUACAUCUUGAUAUAAAGGGUUUUGAGAAGCUACAGAAGUUCACCGAGUCUGAGAAAUAUAAAAUCCAGAAUAAAACAACUCCUCGGGCAAAGUCCUUGAGGACUACAAAGAAAAACGAUGUGUUGGGCAGGAAGUUGAAGCUAGCUGAAGCAACCAAACAGCUCAAGAACGGGUGCGGACGGACUGUAGCAGAGAGCAUGAACAUGCAGGCCAAACAAUACAAUGAUGUACUCAAAGACGGUAUUACGGUUUGCACACACAUGACCACUGCUAACUUGACAAGUGUCGUCCAGAACGGUAUAGCGAAACAAAAACAAAUUGCAAACGCCAUGAAGGAAUGUCGCAGAGGAAUUGUGCCAACGAAUUCAAAUCGAGCACCGAGUAUUGGAGGACGGACACCGGACAGACAGAUGCAAUGUCGAAUAAUCAACAAUCGGGAACUAGAGUGA